CUGGAUGAUGCCACUGAUGUCCUGAGACUCCUCCAUGGACUUGCCAACGCAUCUACUCCAAAGCCCCAUCAAAGUGUGCACUUUCAAGUCACCUUUGAUAGUGCAUGCUGAAGAUGCAGAGGUUUGAUCGACCGUUUUGAAUUGCGUUUGCGCGCUCUUUUUGGGCGUGCGAAUUGAAGUAAAUCUGAAAAUGGCAUUUCGAAUGGGGAAAGAUUUACCUGUUGUGUUUCUCAGCCUUCUGCUCCUUCUUUGUGGUGUGUGCUCUGUUUCGGCUUCUUCCGCACCUUCUCGAGUAUUGAAUAGGUUUGUUGCAAAUGCAUUAUCUAUGCUGAUGAAAUGGAUGGGUCUCACAUUUAAGGCCAUCUUCCGAACUGCAAUUUUAAGACGUCCAUCGGUGAAGUUUGAGGGUGGUUAUGAUGUUGAGACUGUGUUUGACGGCAGCAAGCAUGGCAUUGAACCUUACAAUGUUGGAGUCUCACCAGAUGGGGAAAUUCUAAUUCUGGAUUCUGCUAAUAGUAACCUUCACAAGAUCUCUUCUUCUUUUUCAACGUAUAGCCGGCCAAUAUUGGUUGCCGGGUCAGCAGGGGGGUAUUCCGGAUAUGUGGAUGGGAGAUUGAGGCAAGCUAUGAUGAACCAUCCAAAAGGACUUACAGUGGACGACAGAGGAAACAUUUACAUUGCUGACACAGAUAAUAUGGCAAUCAGGAAGAUAAGCGAUAAUGGUGUGGCAACUAUAGCUGGAGGCAAGCACAGUCGAGGAUGGGGACGUACGGAUGGACCAAGCGAAGAUGCAACAUUUUCAAAUGAUUUUGAUGUGGUCUACAGCAGGAGCAGUUGCUCCCUUCUUGUAGUUGAUCGUGGCAAUAAGGCCAUUCGCGAGAUACAUCUCCAUUUGGAUGAUUGCCCUUAUCUUUACGGAUAUAGUCUUCCCAUAGGUUUGGGCAUUGCCAUGGUUACCGCAUCUGUCCUCUUCGGAUAUAUGUUGGCACUUUUUCAAUCCAGGAUUCGAUCAAUCUUCUCUUCUCCAUCCCCGAAAGAACCAUUGUUUGAUCAUCAUAUUCAGAAUCAAGGGCAGCUUCAUCAUCAAAGACAUAAGAAGCAUUCAAAAAGUAGGUAUGUGCCGGAGACACUUGUAAUCCCGGAUCCAGAUGGACCUCCAGCCACCGACGCCUGGGACCCUGCGCCCCGGACGCCGAAAGAUCCUGAAAAGAAGCAGCGCCUCACAAAGCGCAUUGCUUUCUACAAGGGAUGGUGGGAUGAAGACUUCUCCCAGGUGCAGCAGCAGCAGCAUCACCUACAUCGCCACCAGAUUCGAUCAUCAGCGCCACACACUUACUAUUGUCAGGUGAGCUGCUCCAAGACAGACGAUGAGAUCGUGUUCGGUGCAGUGCAGGAGCAAGACAAAAAUCACUGAUCACCAUGGACAUAAGAAAGAUGGAUUUUCUAUUGGUUUUUGUCGUUGAUGGAAUGAAUUAUAUAUUGCUGCUGCUGCUGCUGCUUCUGUUACAUGUCAGAACAAGUGUGGAGUGGAGAGUGGCAUCUGUUGAAAAGGGUUGACAAAUAAUAAUACUCGUAUGUAGAGAUUGUAGCAGCCGAAAAGUUUUUCAUUUAACCUUUAAUUGGUUUUGAUCGGAACAACAAUCCUUUUUAUUAUAUAGAAUCGUUAUUAUUGUAAGCAAAAUUAUUUAUAA